AUUUACUUGACUUAUUUUCACUUUAGGUGUCAGUGUUUGUUAACAAAUCACUGAACUGGGGUUUAAGUCUCAACUUCAUAUUUUGUCUUGUGGAUUCAAUUUAAGCAGUCUUCUGCCUUAAUUAUCUUAGUUGUAUCUAAUCAAAUCCCUAACAUAUGUUUUUGUCUGAUACAGGAGAUUAAUCUGUCCAUAACUACAGGCCUGUAUUACAUGAAAUACUUAUCUUUCUUCCUCAUCUUUAUAUUCCUUUCCCCUGAAAUGUCAUUACUGUAGGAAUUAAGCUAUUCCUUUCACCUUCAGGGUCUUUAUUACUCCAGUUUUAGUUUUACUUCCUCUUAGAAUUAUAGCACUUCAUAGUAAAGAGAUCUGUGUGGCUAGUUUGGGAAAACUGGGAACCAAAAAAAGAAAAAAAAUUUACUCAAUGUCAUGGCUUGCCAUCAUCAGGGCAUGGGUAGAAAUGAAUUGUAGACCAGCAUUCUAAGUGUCUUUUCAAGCUAAGUGUCUUGAUAUCUCAGAUCUGUUUUUAAAGGAAGGGCAACUUUUGAGGUCUGCAGUGUCUGUUUUAUGAGUGUAUUUAUUAAAUGGGAGAAAUCUUUUUCAUUCAUAGUAACAGAUUGCUUUUAUGAAAAAUUGUACAUUGAAAAAUUUUUGCAAACUGUACUCACAUUGUUUACUUAAAACCUUUUUUGAAUUUUCUAAUUAUAGAUAUGUCUUCAUUUUCUUUCUUUUCCAAUGAAGAUGUCAUUGGGUAAAAAUUGUUUUUCUCAUUUAAUUGACUCUCUGUAAUGUUCUCUUUUCCCAAUCAUGAGACAUUUUUCCCCCUGCUACCAUUUGAAGGUGAUAACAUUAAAUAUCUCUCUCAAUAUAGGAAGGCCACUCAGUGCCUUCUCGCUAAGUAUCUGGACAUGUUUUUCUGCAUAGGUGAUGAACUAAAGUCCUUUCCUUCAGUCACUAUACUGAUUUCCCUAAGAGUCUGUCACUGUAAAAUGCCUAACUCCAAUUUAGACAUGGUAACCGAAAAAUGUAGAUAAUGUGUAGUUAACCCAGCUCAAAUUCUUAGUCUGAUAGAGUGUAGCUGCCAAAUGCUUGGUGUGGAAAUCUGGGAACUUUCUCACAGUCCUCACAAGUAACAAAAUGCCCCUUUAUUUUUUCUUUUAUGACAUCUAAUACAAUUUGCUUGAAUCAGUAGGCAUUUUUGCAAAACUGCAAUGGGAGCUAGGUUUGUUUUCUUGACAUUCUUCUGCACAGUGGACACAUUUUAAUAAAUAAAUCCUAAUAAAAAGAUGACAUUUUAAAACCUACAAAAUUAAGAAUUCCAAUAUCCAGAUUUAACGGACUUAAUAUAGGUAAGAGGUAAGUAAAGGACAUGGGCUCAGUGGCACUUAAUUAAAACUUUCCUAAGGGGGAAAAAAUCUAAUAAUUAUGUUGAUCUCAAGGUUUGUUGAAGACGUGAUAUUUCAGAAUUAAAUAUAAACAAUGUCACUUGGUAAUGGGUUAAAGAUACAGCAAAAUUAUUAGAAAUAAAAAAUAAACAUUUAUGAAAUAGAACAGAAUUGGUGUAGUAACUGGUUAGGACUCUGGGCGUCGCUGUUCACCAAAGUGGAAAAGCUGGUUGCGUUACGACCUGACUCCCUGCUCCUUCCUCACCAGAGACCGGAGAAGUUUUAGGAAAUAGGCUUGCAUUUCUGUCGAGUAACAUGUUCCCUUUGGCUUGAAAGAAGUAAGGAAACAGCAGGCUGGAAUUAGAACUAAGAAAACUGGUCGGAGAGAAAGCAAUGGCGGAUCCACUGAGGGUUUGGGGCUGCAUAGAGCCGAUCUUGCUCUUUCUGCUCCUGGAGACGCUAUGGGGAGCCAGAGCUGAGCAGAUACGCUACUCCGUGCAGGAGGAGCUGGACAAAGGCUCAUUCGUAGGAAACAUCGCCAAGGACCUGGGACUGGUGCCCCGGGAGCUGGCGGAGCGCAGAGUCCGCAUCGUCUCCAGAGGUAGGACGCAGCUUUUUGCUCUGAACCCGCGAAGCGGCAGCUUGGUUACCGCAGACAGGAUAGACCGAGAGGAACUCUGCGCUCAGCGCACGCCGUGUCUGGUGAGUUUUAAUAUCUUGGUUGAGAAUAACCUGAAGAUGUACGGAGUAGAAAUAGAAAUAAUAGAUAUUAAUGAUAACUUUCCACGUUUCCGGGAUGAGGAAAUAAAAGUAAAAGUUAAUGAAAAUGCGGCUCCUGGAACGCGAUUAGUGCUUCCCUUCGCUCGAGAUGCUGAUGUGAGUGUGAACUCCCUCCAGAGUUACCAGCUCAGCCGCAAUAUGCAUUUCUCUCUGGAGGAGAAAAGUGGAGCUGAUGGACAAAAAUAUCCGGAGCUUGUACUGGAACAGCCCUUAGACCGUGAGAAAGUAGCUGUCCACGACCUCCUCCUCACAGCUUUAGAUGGCGGAGACCCCAUACUCUCUAGUACUAUGCACAUACAUGUGAUGGUCCUUGACGCAAACGAUAACGCGCCCUUGUUCACCCGAUCUGAGUACACAGUGAGUGUACCAGAGAACAUACCGGUAGGCACUCAGCUGCUUAGGCUAACCGCCACGGAUCCAGAUGAGGGAAUAAAUGGGGAAUUAACGUACUCUUUUCGCAAUGAGGAAGACAAAAUUUCAGAGACUUUCAAACUUGACUCAAACCUGGGUGAAAUCUCAACUCUGCAAUCACUGGAUCAUGAAGAAUCCAGGUUCUACCUCAUGGAAGUGGUAGCUCAGGAUGGGGGGGCUCUUCUGGCGAGCGCUAAGGUGCUGAUCACAGUACAGGACGUGAAUGACAAUGCCCCAGAAGUGAUCCUCACCUCUCUUGCUGGUUCCAUCUCUGAAGACUGUCCUCCUGGAACCGUAAUUGCACUGUUUAGUGUACACGAUGCUGAUUCUGGAGAGAAUGGCGAGAUUCUAUGUUCUAUCCCCAGGAAUUUGCCUUUUAAAUUGGAAAAGUCAGUUGAUAAUUACUAUCACUUAUUGACAACAAAAGCCUUGGACAGAGAAAAGAUCUCAGAUUAUAACAUCACAGUCACUGUCAUUGACCUUGGAAACCCACCCUUGUCUACAGAAACCCAGAUCUCCCUGACUGUGGCAGACAUCAAUGACAACCCUCCCAUCUUCCCUCACACCUCAUACUCCACCUAUAUCCUGGAAAACAAUCCCAGAGGCAUCUCAAUCUUAUCUGUGACUGCGUAUGACCCUGAUAGUGGCAACAAUGCCAAGGUCACUUACUCUCUGACUGAGGACACCUUUCAAGGAAUGCCUGUAUCCUCCUAUGUCUCCAUUAAUUCCAACACAGGCAUCCUGUAUGCUCUUGGCUCCUUUGACUAUGAGCAGAUUAAAGACCUGCAGCUGCGGGUAAUGGCCAGUGACAGUGGAGACCCUCCACUUAGUAGCAACAUGUCACUGAGAUUGCUCAUCCUGGAUCAGAAUGACAAUGCCCCCGAAAUCUUGUACCCCACUCUCCCCACGGAUGGCUCCACAGGCGUGGAGCUGGCGCCCCGAUCUGCAGAGCCCGGCUACCUGGUCACCAAGGUGGUGGCGGUGGACAGAGACUCUGGCCAGAACGCCUGGCUGUCCUACCGCCUGCUCAAGGCCAGCGAGCCAGGGCUCUUCGCGGUGGGGCUGCACACGGGCGAGGUGCGCACAGCGCGGGCCCUGCUGGACAGAGACGCGCUCAAGCAGAGCCUGGUGGUGGCGGUGCAGGAUCACGGGCAGCCCCCUCUGUCGGCCACCGUCACGCUCACCGUGGCCGUGGCCGACAGCAUCCCGGACGUCCUGGCGGACCUGGGCAGCAUCGGGACCCCCGCCGACCCAGACGAUGCGGACCUCACGCUCUAUCUGGUGGUGGCGGUGGCGGCAGUCUCCUGCGUCUUCCUCGCCUUCGUCAUCGUGCUGCUGGCGCUCAGGCUGAGGCGCUGGCACGCGUCGCGUGUGCUCCAGGCUUCAGGAGGCGGGCUGGUGGGCGUGCCGGCCUCGCACUUCGUGGGCGUGGACGGGGUGCGGGCUUUCCUGCAGACCUAUUCGCACGAGGUCUCCCUCACCGCGGACUCGCGCAAGAGUCACCUGAUCUUCCCCCAGCCCAACUAUGCUGACACGCUCAUCAGCCAGGAGAGCUGUGGGAAAAGCGAGCCUCUUCUGGUAUCUGAGAAGAUAAAUGUAAAUGAAGAACUAGGAGUUGUUCAGCAAGCCCCGCCCAACACGGACUGGCGAUUCUCUCAGGCCCAGAGACCCGGCACCAGCGGCUCCCAGAACGGGGAUGAGACCGGCACAUGGCCCAACAACCAGUUUGAUACGGAGAUGCUGCAGGCCAUGAUCCUGGCCUCUGCCAGUGAAGCCGCUGAUGGGAGCUCCACCCUGGGAGGAGGUGCUGGCACCAUGGGCUUAAGUGCCCGCUAUGGGCCUCAGUUUACCCUGCAGCACGUGCCCGACUAUCGACAGAAUGUCUACAUCCCAGGCAGUAAUGCCACACUGACCAAUGCAGCCGGCAAGCGAGAUGGCAAGACUCCUGCAGGUGGCAACGGCAACAAGAAGAAGUCUGGCAAAAAGGAGAAGAAGUAAACCGGAGGCCAGGCUUGGAGCCACAGGGCAGCUUCCCGCCCCAACCAGCCCAGUCUCUCCUUACUUGUACCCAGGCCUCGGAUUUUCAGGGCUCACCCCCAGGAUACUGGUAGGGAUCCAGGCCAUGCUCCCCUUGGGAAACAGAAACAAGUGCCCAGUCAACACCCCCCUCUCUGCCCCCAAGGGAUUGA